AUGACAAUUAAGGAUGUGAUUGAAGAAUGCAAGUUAUUCUACUUCGCUGGCCAAGAGAUUACUGCUAACCUGCUAACAUGGACAAUCAUCGCCUUAUCAAUGCAUCAGAAUUGGCAAGAGAAGGCAAGAGAAGAGGUUCUGCAAAUUUGGGGGCAGAAAACUCCUGAUGUUGAAGGCAUAAACCACCUCAAGAUUGUCCCCAUGGUAGUACAUGAAGUCUUAAGGCUAUAUCCACCGGUGGCAUUUGUGUUACAACAGACUCAUCAAAGAACAAAUAUAGGGGGAUUGUCCAUCCCAGAAGGGAUCGACCUUUGCUUACCUGUGUUGCUUCUUUAUCAUGACCCAGACUACUGGGGUGACGAUAUUGAAGAAUUCAAACUAGAGAGAUUUACUGAAGGGGUUUCCAAGGCAUCUAAGGAUCAAAUGGCAUUCUACCCAUUUGGAUGGGGAACCAGAAUCUAUCUUGGCCAAAACUUUGCAAUGAUGGAAGCAAAGAUGGAAUUGGCCAUGAUUUUGCAGAAUUUUUGCUUUGGGCUCUCACCUUCUUAUACUCAUGCUCCCUAUAAUAUCAUUACUCUUCAACCACAGCAUGGAGUUCCAAUAGUACAACACCAAUUCUGA